AUGGACACCCGCCCAAACUCAUUCUUCCCGGAUCGCCCUCAAUUCUCUGGAUUUAUGAAGCCAUGUAGACUUGAGGGUGAAAUUCAGGCACUAGAGAUACAUGGAGAUAUUCCCAAAGAUAUUAAUGGAACUUUCUACCGAGUGAUGCCGGAUCCUCAACUGCCUCCUUUCAUAGAGGAUGACCCGUGGUUCAAUGGAGAUGGCAACAUCAGUGCCUUUGAAAUCAAAGACGGGUCGGUGUCAUUUCGACAGCGCUACGUGAGAACUGAAAAGUUCGUUCGGGAGCGCGAAGCGAAGCGCGCCUUAAUAGGUAAAUAUCGGAACAAAUAUACAGACGCCGUGGAAUUCAAAGUUCGCACUACAGCAAAUACAAAUGUGGUUUUCUUCAACAGCCAGUUACUAGCUUUGAAAGAAGACUCUCCGCCCUACGCUUUAGAUCCCAUCUCCUUGGAGACGAAGGGUCUAUAUGAUUUCGAUGGACAGUUACCCAGCCUAACGUUCACAGCGCACCCGAAAUUUGACCCUGUCACGGGCGAGAUGAUCUGUUUUGGAUAUGAAGCCAAAGGAGAUGGAACUCCUGAUGUUUGCUACUACAAUGUUACUCCAGAUGGCAAAUUGACUGAGGUUGUUUGGCUUGUCGCCCCAGUUGUCGCCAUGAUUCACGAUUUUGCUGUCACCGACAAUUGGGUCCUCUUCCCUAUCAUCCCUCAGGUCUGCGAUAUUGAAAGGUUGAAACAGGGUGGUGAGCAUUGGCAGUGGAGCCCUGAGACUCCUUUCUAUAUUGGCGUGCUUCCUCGGCGAGGUGCAAAGCCAUCUGAUGUAAAGUGGUUCCAAUACCAAAACUCCUUCCCGGGACACACAGCCAAUGCAUAUGAAGAUGAGUCCGGGAAUAUCCAUAUCGAUCUUGGGCUAAGUGAGAAAAAUGUAUUCUUUUGGUGGCCUGAUGCCAAAGGCAACGCGCCCGACCCCAGUUCAAUUCUAUCCCAACUGGUCCGAUUCACAAUCAACCCCAGAUCUGACGAUUUGAAUCUAUCGACUCCCAAGAUUCUUCAAAAAGACAACUCGGAGUUUUACCGCAUCGAUGAUCGUUUUGCCACACAUCAUUACCGUCACUGUUUCUUCGACCUCAUGGAUCCAAGUUUAGGCACAAAUUUCGCCAGAAUUGGGCCAAAAUUGGGCGGUGGCUACCCACUGUAUAAUUCUCUUGCUCAUGUUGAUAUCACAACUGGCUCAACAGAUAUCUAUUUCCCAGGGAAAACCCACAUGGUGCAAGAGCCCGUCUUUAUCCCUCGUGGGGGGUCCACUACCGAAGGUGAUGGCUACGUCUUGGCACUCGUCAAUAACUAUGAUACUAUGUCGAGUGAGUUACAUCUGGUGGAUACAAACGAUUUUUCCAAGGCCAAGGCCAUUAUUCUACUCCCCGUCCGUUUACGCCAGGGUUUGCACGGAAAUUGGGUGGAUGCGCGGGAUCUGGCAUAA